AUGGUGGAGGAGGUGGUGGAGGCGGUGGAGGAGGUGAAGGUGGAGGAGGUGGCGAUGGAGGCGGAGGUGGUGACGGUGGUGGUGGUGGCAAUGGAGGUGGAGGUGGCAAUGGCGGUGGCGGUGAAGGAGGUGGAGGAGGUGGUGGAGGCGGUGGAGGAGGUGAAGGAGGUGGUGGUGGUGGAGGCGGAGGUGGAGGCGGUGGAGGCGAAGGAGGAGGAGGCGGCGGUGGAGGCGGUGGAGGUGAAGGAGGUGGAGGUGGCGGUGGAGGCGGUGGAGGUGAAGGAGGAGGAGGCGGUGAAGAAAAUUCUUGUUUCCUGCACCGAAGGUCUAAAGUUCAACACUAAGACACAGACCUGCGACUUCGCUUGCAACGUUGACUGCGAGAGGACAAACGUUCAGUCGUCAGUUCUACCUGACGGUGUCAACGUGUUUCUGCCGUGGAGAAAAGUUGAAGAGUAUAUUCAUAAUGGCAAAUUAGAAGCCGACAUUAGCGAUGGUUCGCGCGCGCACUUCAGCAACAUGUCCCACGAGUUCACAACACCGGCCGACGAGCUCGGGCCCAUCCUGCCGGACGACGGAGUGCAGGCCUCCACCGUGGUCGCGGGCCUCAUGCCGGACUCCUUCGCUGAGAUGUUCAACUUCCUCGACGGCGAUAGUUUCGGCAUUGGUCCAAUGCACGAAUUCGUGUAUGGGUGGCAAGCGAUCGUAAACACGAUGAGCAUGAAGAACAACGUGGAGGUACGCAAGCGCGCGGGCUUGCAGCGGUUUGCUCUGGCCGGCAUCAACGGCAUCACCUUGAUAGCUCACGGCGGCGCCACUGAGAUCAUGAUCAACGGCACCCGUACCUACUGUUUCGGAGGGGUCGCACGCCCGCCAGGCCGCCGCAGCGUCAUCUGCAAGGGUGCAAUGUACCAAGAAGGCCGGUUCUCCUGCAAGGUGCCAUAUCUUCGAUAUCCGACAGUCUUGGGUUACCGAUACUGUAUUGAUCAGUACGCUUCUGUAGCUACCUUCGAUGGAACGUAUAAGACCACGUACUGCUCUCGAGGGGAGUCGAUACCGAAGUUCCACUAUGACUACAUCUGCGAGAGAAGAGAUGUCAAGAUCAAGCGCGUCAACCUCACCGACCCCAACGAGCGUUUCAACAUACGGAACCCGAUAAUUCGCCGCGCGGAGUACUACCGGGCGCCCUACGAUAUACUGAAGGCGUGUCCUGACUGGUAUGGCUGCAACCUGCGCAUCUCCCCAGAGGUCUUGCACCAGCCUCUGCCAGCGAUGCUCGACGUCAACGAGACCGCUUUCGUUGGUCACGGCGGAAAGUACUGGCUGGCGCUUUACUAUACUCAGUUGUCAACAUACGCCAUUUACUUCCAAGCACAUGGAGAGUACCCGUGGCAAUCCAACAGACCAAUCGUUUCUAUUGACAAGGGUGGUAUUUGGGAACAGCUCCUCAAAGCUAACAUCGGUCCCGAUAUGAAUUUGCACUACAAUUUGAACGGCAUCUACAACAGAUAUCCCGGCGGGAUAGUAGCGCCAGACUUGAUGAGAAAUGACGGCCAGGUUCAGUCAUCCAACUUCAGAACGGACACCCGUGAUGGCGCUCCAGAGGACAUCAUCAUCGGUAACGCGCAUUUAGCCGCGGAAGGUCCUGGUGGUGACUCCAACGCCGGCGGUUAUAAGUUCAUACACGACUCACAAAUACAAAGCAGCUUUGGGCAUGGGAAGAAUUUAUCUUGA